AUGGAGAAACUAAUGAGGCAAAUCAUGUUCUGUGGUUUCUUCACUAUUCUUCUUUUGCUUCUAGCCGCAUGCCCAGCAACAUGUCAAGAAGUUGAGGAUGAGAGCGAGUUCAGUUAUGUACCAGGCAGCGAUAAUGGACCGGAGCGCUGGGGAGAGAUUCAUCCAGAAUGGAGCAUGUGUAACAAUGGAACCAUGCAGUCUCCUAUUGAUCUGCUGAAUGAGAGAGUUGAGAUAGUUUCUCACUUGGGAAGACUUAAGAGGGAUUACAAACCCUCUAAUGCAACUCUUAUAAAUAGAGGCCAUGAUAUGAUGUUGAGAUGGGAAAAUGGUGGAGGACAUAUCUACAUAAAUGGAACUCAAUAUACACUCAACCAAUGCCAUUGGCACUCACCUUCUGAACACACCAUCAAUGGCCGGAGCUAUGAUUUAGAAGUUCACUUAGUUCAUCAGAGCGCGAACGGUAGGACUGCUGUGUUUGGAAUUAUGUAUAAGAUUGGACGGCCUGAUUCCUUUUUGUCGAUGAUGGGGAAAGAUUUAAAAGCCCUUGCUGAUAUCAGAGGAUUAGAGAGGGUGGUGGGUACAAUUGACCCGAGGCAAAUAAAGUUGGGGAGCAGAAAGUAUUACAGGUACAUUGGAUCCCUUACAACUCCUCCCUGCACUCAAAACAUUGCCUGGACCAUGCUGAGAAAGGUCAGAACUGCUAGCAGACAACAAGUAAAACUAAUUCGUCAAGCUGUUCACGACAGUAGAAUGACCGGUAUAAAGAAAUAUAGGCCAAAAGUUGUGGAUACCAGUGAAAAAAUGAAGAGGAAGAAAAGCUGUAAUGAUCCUCCCUCUUCCUCCUCGAAGAAGAAAUGUAAUCAUCCUUCCUCCAUUUAUCCCAUUGUUGAUUCCACCUCCACCAAUCCCACCUCCUUCAAUCCAGUUGAUCCCACUGUUAAUCAUCCACCAAGUUCAUCCAACCCCAUAUGUAAUAAGGAAACAUCUUUCUUCAACAAACAUUGCAAACAGUCGUAUGAGAACUACAUUAAUUAUAGGCAUUUGUUUUUGGAAAGGGGUGUUUUACUAGAUCAAUUAAAAGAGAUUAUGGAGGAUUGUGGAGUUGUGAUUCACUCAAGAGACACUUAUUCCACUCCCAUGAAUCCAAUUUAUGGUGGGACAAUAAAGAAAAGUUUGGGACAAGGGAAGAAGAAUAAAACUCAGCAAUCGCAGCCACAAGUCGAGAAUGAAGUUGAAGCUAAGGAUGAUGAAGCCCAAACCCAGGAUGUCCCAAAUUCUUCCACAGCUGGUCUUCCUAUUGAUGCAUUGCAGGUAUAUGGAAUGUUGCUGGUACGAUUGAGCAGAAAGAGGGAGGAAUCUGAAAAUUCUCAAAAUGAAAUAAAGGAGUCUCUGAAGAUGAUGGAUUNUGUUGUUGGUACGAUUGAGCAGAAAGAGGGAGGAAUCUAA